AUGCGUGAUCCAUUACAAUGUUGGGUUCCGGCACAAUUUACUGGAAAUUAUGAAACUUAUACGAAUCGUUUAUGUUAUAUUCAAAAUACCUACCAUGUAUCAAAACAUCAUGAAUUGCCAACUGAAUAUAAUCUUAGACGUGAAAGAACAUUAAAAUAUUAUCAAUGGAUUAAUUUUGUAUUAUUAUUACAAGCACUAUUUUUCAGUAUUCCACGAAUAUUAUGGCAAUCAUUUAACGAUAAAAUUGGUUUAUCAUUAAGAAAUUUAGUAGAUGCAUCAAAUAAAUAUGAAUUACUUGAUGUUGAUGAAGAACGUGGAGCAGUUGUUCAUUAUAUAUCGGAUACAUUACGACGUUAUCAAGAAUAUGUCGAACCCAUGAAUGAUGAUUUAAAAUUAAUUCAUCGAUUUUAUCGUAAAAUUCGUAUAUUUUUUCAAGCUCGUACUGGCUCCUCAUUAGUUUAUUUUUAUUUUUUUAUUAAAAUUUUGUACAUAGUCAAUCUUCUAUUUCAAAUAUAUUUUUUACAAUAUUUUCUCAGUUAUUAUGACGUUAAAUAUAUUCAUUAUGGUUUAGUUGUAUUUGAAGCAUUAUUAACAGGUAAUCCUUUGCCAGAAACAAAAUUAUUUCCUCGUAUAACAUUGUGCGAUUUCAAUAUUCGUGAAUUAGGUGAAAUACAUCAUUAUACUGUCGAAUGUAUUCUUGUUAUUAAUAUAUUUAUUGAAAAAUUGUAUAUUCUUUUAUGGUUUUGGUUUUGGAUAUUGUUAGUGGUAACAUUGAUCCAUUUUAUCAUCUGGUUCUAUCGAGUAUUUAUAUUUCAUUUAAGAAAAACAUUUAUUAAAGAACAUUUAGAAUUAGUAUUAAAAAAUCGUCGAGUAAAUGACAACGAAUUUAGAAAUUUCGUAUGUAAAUUUUCAAUAGAUAAUUUAUUUGCCUUGAGAGUUAUGGCACAUAAUUCAAAUACAAUUGUUGUUGCCGAAGUUCUAGAUGAUAUGUAUCGUCAGGCAUUUUUAAUAAGCUCUGAUGUGUAG